GCUCGUUUUUCCACUGGGACUUUGUCAAGGACACGUCCUUGCUCAAGAGUGGGGACGGCGGUGGCGUGUGAGUGGAGCGCUCUUUGCCGUUUAAAGAGAAGCGAUCAAUGUUUGUUUUCUUGUUCUAGAGAGGAAGAAUUCCCGGAUAAGAUCGAUCGCAUUGGAAUUCGAGCGCUUUGAAUGCUGGCCGCGAUCAUCCAGCCCCAAAUCUCCAGGUCGGUUCUUCAAUCUUGAUCAGCUAGCCCUAGCGCCAUCACCGCAUCGCUGCUGCCGGAGCGGCGCAUUGGCAGUCAUCGGUCGAUCGAUCCAUGGCAAUGGAGGGGGAAUCGCAGCGAAAUCUCUCGGAUUCCCGGCGAAAUAUUUCCAAGAAGGAUCAGGAGCGCAGCGCAAGCAGGCUGGAGAGGCUAGCGUCUCACAUGGCGGCUGUGCCGCUGGUCAGGGAAGCGCAGCUCGCGCGGCAGGAGUGCGCCAAGGUGAAGAUCAAGCACCAGGUCCACGUCUCGACGCUGGUGGAAUUCUUGACUCAGGGCCAUCAAUCCGAGCAGGAGAAGGUCUAUCGAUUCUUUCUCGAGCGGCCUCACUUGCAAACCCCGGUGGAAAUUCACAAGGACAAGCACAGGGAGCUGUGUAUGAGGCAGCUCACUGCGGUGGUCCGUGAGGCUGGGAUUCGUCCGAUGGAUCUUCUUCUCAACGAUCCCGCGAGCUACUUCGUUUUCACUGAGGCGAUUGGGCACAUCGAUCUCUCGCUUGCGAUCAAGCUGGGUGUGCAAUUCAGUCUCUGGGGUGGUAGCGUCAUCAAUCUUGGAACGAAAAAACACCGUGACAAAUACUUGGCUGGUAUAUCAAAUCUCGAUUAUCCAGGAUGCUUUGCAAUGACGGAGUUGCAUCAUGGUUCCAACGUUCAAGCAUUGCAAACCACUGCGACUUUCGACAGGCUCACGGACGAGUUCGUGAUCAACACUCCCGACGAAGGUGCGACUAAAUGGUGGAUUGGAAACGCUGCGGUCCAUGGCAAGUUCGCUACCGUUUUUGCUCGGCUCAAGCUUCCUUCGCCGGACUCGCAUCUGGACAAAGACAUGGGCGUGCACGCCUUCAUUGUUCCCAUCAGAAGUAUGGAAGAUCACUCCGUUCUUCCUGGUGUGGAAAUCCGCGACUGUGGCUACAAAGUUGGUCUCAACGGUGUCGACAAUGGUGCAUUACGAUUCAGCAACGUCAGGAUUCCCCGAGACAAUCUCUUGAACCGGUUUGGCGACGUUUCAAGGGAUGGAGAGUAUAACAGUUCGCUGCCAACCGUGAACAAGAGGUUUGCAGCUACACUUGGGGAAUUGGUUGGAGGAAGAGUUGGGCUAGCCUAUGGAUCAGUCGGUGUUCUAAAAGCAUCCGUCACCAUUGCCAUCCGGUAUGCGCUUCUCAGGCAACAAUUCGGCCCUCCAAACAAGCCAGAGAUCAGCAUACUCGACUACCAGUCUCACCAGCAAAGAUUGAUGCCACUGCUAGCUUCGACUUAUGGUUUUCACUUUGCUACCCAGUACCUGGUGAACAGAUAUGCCGAGAUGAAAGUUACGCAUGACGACGAGGUGGUCGCAGAUGUUCACGCUCUCUCUGCGGGUCUCAAGGCGUACAUUACUUCCUACACGGCGAAGGCAUUGAGUACUUGCCGAGAAGCUUGUGGUGGACAUGGUUAUGCAGCAGUGAAUCGAUUCGGCAGCCUCCGAAACGAUCAUGACAUUUUCCAGACGUUUGAAGGGGACAACACGGUUUUGCUACAGCAGGUAGCUGCAGACCUUUUGAAGCAGUACAAGGAGAAGUUCCAAGGAGGUGCCUUGAGUGUGACAUGGAACUAUUUAAGAGAAUCAAUGGGGACUUACUUGAACCAGACAAAUCCUGUCGUGACGCAUCGAGAAGGCCACGGCCAUCUCCGAGAUCCCAACUUCCAGCUUGACGCUUUUCAGUACCGGACGGCAAGGCUGCUCCACACUGCUGCGUUGCGCUUGCGCAAGCACUCCCAACGCUUAGGAAGCUUUGGUGCAUGGAAUCGCUGCUUGAACCACCUCCUCACUCUGGCCGAGUCACAUAUUGAAUCCGUCAUUCUUGCAAAGUUCAUUGAAGCUGUCAACCGUUGCCCGGACAAAGAUGUCCGCUCGCUGCUCAAGCUAGUGUGCGACUUGUAUGCUCUGGAUCGAAUCUGGGAAGACAUUGGAACGUAUAGAAACCAGGACUACGUUGCACCAAACAAAGCCAAGGCUAUCCAUCGUUUGGUGGAGUAUUUAUCUUACGAAGUCCGCGGCGUUGCCAAGGAACUGGUCGACGGUUUUGGAGUGCCCGAUUUCGUGCUGAGAGCACCGAUCGGCCUGCAAAACGGGCAGUACUCGGAGUACAUGCAGUACGUUGGCUUUUGAGUAAAACAGUUUGAAGAGAGGGAGCCGGCUAGAAGAGAGGCUAUGCACUGUAUUCAUCCUAGAGAUCUCUUUACAGCAAAACUUUCCGGGAGCUACGACGAGGUGGUAAAUCGCUUGAGGUACUCUGGAUCCUUCUUUGCCUUGUCUUGAAACUUCUUGAACCAUUUCUCCAGGAUGUCGAGCGGGACAACCAUCCUCCCAUUCUCCUGGCUGCAAAACGACUGCAUGAAGUUGAAGAGAUUCUCGCCAACCUUGAGCGCCAGAUCCUCCACCUUCUUGUAGUUGCCAACGUUGAGAGCCGGGAGCGAGACGAGGUCCUCCACCGCGAGGCCGAUCUUGGCAGUGAGUGGCUGCGUCUCGGAGGCCAUGAUUUGCAUCUGGCCGCCGGGCUUUGGCCACAGCAGCGUCACCACUGCCGAGGGACAAGCCUUGUGGACGGCUCCACAGUACUGGAACUGCGAUCCCGGGGACUGGACGUAAACCGCCAGAGCUUUCUCCGGAGGGAGCGAGAGCUCGUUGAGAAGGAAGAUACACAUUUCUUUCACUUCCUCGUACCCUUCUCCUGUGUAACCAAGAGGAAAAAACUUUAGAGAGAGCUCUCUUCGAAAAAACUAAAGACCAAGCAAGAAAUGAUAGCCUCUCGGGAAGAAGAGAGAAGAAAGAAUGAGCUCUCUUCUCUCGUUCUUCGCAAUUUCAAGCAACGAAGCAAAGGAUUUCUUCGCAAA